GCAGCCGGCUGCCCUCUUCUGCUACUUCCCCAGUCCCCCACCAUCGGCAGAAGCCAAGAACCCUCUUUACUCUGACCACCCUCCCCUCGGCCGCCGGCCGCCGCCAUCUGCGUCGCUACAGACGCAUCCGAGAAUAAGCAAUGAAGGAACAAGAAAAUGCACAAACUACCGACAGUGCAAAACAGAUAGAAAAGAAGAGGAAAAAGGUUAUGGAAUGUAUAGCCACAUGGUUCAAUGAAGCUGGGAUUCCUUCUAAUACUGUUUAUCUGGAAAGUUUCAACUUAAUGUUAGAAGCGAUUGGACAAUUCGGCCCUGGUUUACGGGGUCCCUCUCCAAGUGAAUUUGAUGGGUCAUUAUUGCAGAGGCAAGUUUUGGAUAUUAAUAAUUCAAUUGAAACAUUGAAGAAAUCUUGUGCAUUGGAAGGAUGCUCUGUUCUGGUUAACAGAGGGCAUGGGGAUAAUGAAUGUUUCAUAUUGAACUUAGCAGUUCAUUGUUCUCAGGGUGUGUCUUUCCUUCGUUCCAUCCGUCUGCCGUCAGACAUCAACAAAGAUGAAUCUUAUGUAUUUGAGCUAGUUGACUCUUGUAUUGAAGAAAUUGGAGAGAAAAGUGUGGUGCAGGUCAUCACCGACAUUAAUCCAACGAUGAAGUCAGCAAAAAUGCUUACUGAGAAAAGGCCCAACAUAUUUUGGACUCACUGUGCUGCAGAUUGCAUUGACUCGAUGUUUGAAGACAUAGGUAAUAUUCCUUUGGUCAGGAAAACAAUUGUUAAGGCAAGGUUACUAACUGCUUUUAUUUAUGGCCGAACACAUUUGUUGGACAUGACACGCAAGUUCACCGGCCAAUGGGAUUUAGUUCAUGUUGGGAUUACUUAUUACACCACUUGUCUCUUGAACUUGAAGAGCCUUUAUGAUAAGAGGUUUGAGUUGAAGGCUAUGUUUAUCUCCAAAGAAUGGGAGGACAGCAAAUGGUCAAAUGGAUCUGUGGGCAAGAAAUUCUAUAAUCUAGUAGUUAGUAACGAGUUUUGGCAUGGGGUGCUAUAUACUAUAAACAGUUUUGAGCCACUAGUGGAUGUUCUCAGGAAGAUAGGCAGUGACAGCUCUAUGGGGUACAUAUAUGGUGAGCUUACAAAUGCAAAAAUGGAAAUUACCUUGCGUUUUGAAAACAAUGAAGAGCACUAUUUGCCAAUAUGGGAUAAUAUAGAUUUUAGAUUAGAUGCUGCCCUCAGGACACCGCUGCACCUAGCUGGUUAUUAUCUGAAUCCAUUCUUCUACUAUCAGAACAAAGAUGGAAUUGAAAAUGCAGAAAUCUUCAGAGAUGCAUUUGUUGAGUGCACGCGCAAAAUGAUCCCAGAUCAGCUUACACAAGAGAAAAUUGUGAGUCAACUGGAUCUUUACAGAAGUGCUUCACAGAGUUUUGGGACGGUUCAUGCCAUCUGUUCUCAGAAAAAUCUCGAUCCAGUUUCUUGGUGGGAAUUACAUGGCGGUGCAGCAAAGGACUUGAGCAGAAUGGCACUAAGGUUGUUGAGGUUAACAUGUAGCUCACUGGCAUAUGAAGAAAGAUGGAUCGAGCAGCUGCAUAAAAAGAAGCCAUGUUGGAUUAAACGUAAGCAAUUCGAGGAUUCAAUGUUUGUGACGGUGAACAGAAGGAUACAAGGGAAAGCUCAAAUGAGAGAUAGAGACCCUGUACUUGCAUACCUUCCUGAUGAAGAUGAACCAUUUGACUGGCUGGUGGGCAUGUUCCGCUUUCAUGCGGAACAACUUGAAAAUGAUGGUUUACGAAUGGCACGGGCUAACAGUAGUGAGGAAGCAGGACUGUCUAAGCAAGCGAGGAAACUAUUGGACUAUGAUGAGUAUAGCUCAUCCGAGGAAGGGUGCGAGGAUGAUGAAGAACCACCAAAGCGCUCCAUCACUAAGAAGUUAUCAUCCAGUGCUUCAUGCUCAAAGCGAGCAAAGAGGCCAAGGUCCAUCGACGAAUGCGAGGGAAGUGAUGGAAACAUCAGCUACUAAGUUCUGGUGGUGAUGUACGGUCUGUUGACUUGUUUUCUGAUCUGGAAGCGCUCAUAGGAUGGAGUCCCUACUGACCUUGGACUUAUUGCUCACGUUGGACAGUUGACUGUAUGCCCUGCAUUGGUCUGGAUGCUUUUGUCUGUAUCAUCAUGCAUGUGAUUCGUAGACAUCCAGUUUCACAUCGAGUGAGCUACUUAUUAUCUACUUCAUCGAGCAUGCUUAGUUGGUAAUUUCCUGGUGAUAUCUGAACAUUAAAGUGGUGUUCAGACUGGCUUACCAUCGCAAGAAACCCGUUUUUUGUAACUGUUUCGGCCCUCCGUUCUUCCUGCGGACAUACAUGCUCUGCUCUCCUUUUUUUUUUGGGAAAAAGACCCCCAAAAGAAGAAAGGAAACCCCCCAACAAGUUGGGUUCUGAAGUCCCCUACAA